AUGAUUGUACCCUAUAUUAAUGAAAAAUCUGCAAUGAAAAGUGUAUUAGUUUUUUUACCAAACAGACUUUAUAAAGAAAAGCCUGGAUACAUGUUUGGUAAAGUAGUAUAUGAUGAUAAUACAGGAGUAAAAAAGUUUUAUGUCAUCGGUGUAUGUAAAGUAGACAAUUUAGAAACAAUUAAAUACGUUAACAUAAUUGGAUAUUACUUUGGUACAGAAUACAAACGAGGAUAUGUGGAUAAGAAAUAUUUAGAUUGGAUUAAUGUAUGCUUACAUCCUACAUUUUUCUCUAAAGACAAUAUCUAUGAUUAUAAUUUGAGAAAUAUUAUUGUGAAUAAUAAAAAAAUAUCCACUUCACAGUGUCAUAUAGUCAUUACAGUCUAUGAUCAGUCUGCAUUCAGAGAAACAGAAUUAUUUGCUCAAAAAACAAUAUCUGGAGACCACUUUUAUGAGUUAAUGAAAAUCAUACAAAACAAGCAAAUUGAAAAAGAAAUACAGAAAAAAAAGAAACGUACUUAUAUAAAGGAAACGCUACUUGUAUAUCAUAUGUUUAUAUAUUUUUAUCCAGUUCUUUUUCUUGCCAAAAUUACCAACAAAUUACUACCAAUUUUAAAAUAUUCUUCUCUCGCCUUACAUGUUAAUGGAUGGUUGAAGAAUAUUAAAUGGAUAUUAAUCACUGUAAUAAAGAACAAAAGAUGCACUUUAAAAACUGGUAACUAUGUUUUUGCGUUAAUAAUAGACAUGUUACUGGGAAUUUCUAUAUUGCAAUUGUUGUUGCACAAUUUUGAAUAUAUAUCUCCGUCUCAGAUACUUUUGGAUAAUGCAGAGAAGGUAGUAACGUUUCUGAAAGAUUUAAUCAAUUGGCUAAUGGGUGUACCAGCUGGCUUAAAAUUAAAUCAUGCCUUAAAUAAUAUGCUUGGAAAAUUUUUUUUAUACCAUAUACAUAUGUGGUGGACAUUUUUAAUAUUUAUGAAACCUGUGAUGGAUUUUACAUUCGAAGUAUUGGUAAUGUUUGGAAAGCUUGGCAUUACAUUUCAAAUAGCAAUAGCAGCUGAUCUUUUAGCACUUGUCAGUUUUCAUGCUUAUUGUAUUUAUGUAUAUGCUGCAAGGCUUUUCAACAUUCAGUUGAGAGGUAUUACUGCUUUGUUUCGAUUAUUUUUGGGUAAGAAGAAGAAUCCAUUGAGAGAAAGAAUUGAUUCUUGCCAAUAUCAACCUGAUCAGCUGUUUGUUGGAACUUUAUUGUUUACUAUUUUGUUGUUCCUCAUGCCAACAACUUGGGUCUAUUAUGUGGUUUUUACUAUGCUCAGAUUGGUAUUAAUUAGCUUUGGAGGUUUGUUGACAAGAAUGAAGUUUUAUCUUCAAGUUAUGCCUGUAUAUGCAUUUUUUAAGUGGUUAUUUCAUUCUUACAGCACAUGUAGUGUUGUUAAUAUUAAAGUACAUUCAUAUAAAACAGAAGGACCAGUAGUAUUAAUAAUGACAAUGGUUGUAGCAUCAUGGCAUUAUACAUGGGACAAGUGUAUACCAGAUACAAUUAAUCGUCAUCCACCCAUAGAAUGGAAUAAGAUAAUAAAUAAUAUAAUAUGGGGUGAAUUACUUUAUCCAUUAUAG